AUGAAUCGCCUUUUCGGUCGUGCAAAGCCAAAAGAGCCCCCGCCAAAUAUGACGGAUUGUAUCGCUAAUGUCGACGGGCGAAGUGAAUCAAUUGAAAAGAAAAUACAAAAGUUAGACCUUGAACUACUUAAAUAUCGCAAUCAAAUGAAAAAAAUGAGAGAAGGCUCUGCCAAGAAUAUGGUUAAACAGAAGGCCUUGAGAAUACUCAAACAGAAGAAAAUGUAUGAACAGCAGCGGGAUCAGCUUAUGCAGCAAUCCUUUAAUUUAGAACAAGCUAAUUUUGCUACACAGACUUUAAAAGAUACCAAAACCACGGUUGACGCUAUGAAAUUGGGUGUGAAAGAAAUGAAAAAAGAAUAUAAAAAAGUGAACAUCGAUCAAAUUGAGGACUUACAGGACGAUAUGUCUGACAUGAUGGAACAAGCAAAUGAAAUACAAGAAUCGCUAAGCAGAACUUAUGGAAUGCCAGAUGAUUUGGACGAGGCCGAUUUGGAUGCUGAAUUAGAUGCGCUAGGUGACGACUUGGCUUUCGAUGAAGAUACGUCAUACUUGGAUGAUGCCGCAAGUACACCGGCUGUUCCUAGUACAAAUCCCGGUGAAAAUGAAGCGGAAAAAUCAGCGGAAGGAAUUGCUGUUGAUGAAUUCGGCUUGCCAAAGUUACAAACAGGAUAAUGGAUUAAUGUUACUCGUAAAAUUAUGUUUAACCAAUGUUCUUGACUAUUGUAAAAACGACUCUUAUGAUGCCUUCAAAAAGGGCUUUUACGAUUUCUUCUUGUUGACUAUUUAGCUGUAAUUUCAUAUCAGUAUGCUAAGACUUUUAACUAAAGUAUCUAUUUUAGUUGACAUCUUGUUGCAGCGGCCGUAAAUAUUAACUGAAGCUACUGUAUUGAUUUCUUUGGGAUUAUGCGAUAUUUUGUGGUGAUAUCAACGUUAGUUUACUUGUACUUAUUUUUGCCUGCAUUAGAUAAAUGUCUUAUUCGAAUAUCUUAAUCUAUUUUUGUCUACGUCAUAAAAGAUGAUUACUUAGCUAAAUACGACGUUAUACUGUAUUAUUAUUAUUAAAAGAUAUCGUAAUCCA